AGGGUUAGCUUAUCUGGAGUUAAUUAAAAAAGAUAAGAACUAGCAGCUCUCGUCGUGCAUUAUUCCAGUCUUCGACUUCGUUAUUACGUUGUCAUGGGGUUUCCCGUACACAGGUGUGUGGUCGCUGUCGACCUAUUCGCAGUUUUGGUGGUAUUAUUGGCGACGACAGUUUGCUUAGCGGAGUACGAAAUGAGUGGGAAAUUCCUUCGUCAAGACCUCGGCAGUGAUUCCGGGGAUUGGAGUGUUCAAAAUGGCGACGGUUCGAUCCAGGUGGCAGCUGUUGUGCCUGGCGGGAUCUACACGGACUUGCAGCGAGGUGGAAUCAUUGGAGAUCCUUACUACGGAUUUAAUGAUCGCGAGUACAAAUGGGUGGGAAGGAGUAACUGGACUUACUCUAGGAGCUUCGAUGUCGAGUCUGAAUGGAUGCAGAAGGAGAACGUGGCGCUGGUGUUUGAAGGACUCGACACGAUUGCCACUGUAUUCGUGAAUGAUCAGCAAGUCGGAAGCAGCGACAACAUGUUUGUUCGUCACGUGUUUCGCAUAAAACCUAUGCUACAGGUGGGUGCGAAUACGUUGCGAGUCGAGUUCGAGUCUCCUGUGCUGUGGGCUCAGAAACAAGCUGAGGAUCACGUGGCCCAGCUGGGUUAUGGAAUCGUACCUGCGUGUCAGGCACCGGAAUUCCAAGGGGAAUGUCACAUGAACAUGAUUCGGAAAAUGCAGGCAUCGUUUGCUUGGGACUGGGGACCUUCGUUCCCUUCCGUUGGGAUCUGGAAAUCCGUUCGCCUGGAGGCAUUCAGCUCGUGUGUCAUCAGGGAUGUCAAGGUGUCAAUGACGCCAGUGCUGCCAGAUGAGGUGGAAUCAUCUGACUGGACAGUUCAGCUGCGUGUUCAUCUUGAGGCUGCAACUUCUGAGGUCAUGCAGAGUACAUUACGUUGGUCAAUGCCGGAAUUGGAAUUGGAGGGAACUCAGCAAGGAUCUGUGACCCCAUCUGCGGAUUUUGAAGUCGUUAUGGCGGCCAACUUCAAUGUCUCAAAGGAGCAGGGUUUGAAGUUGUGGUGGCCAAAUGGGUAUGGAGAGCAGAACCUUUAUACUCUGGAAGUGACUUACUUGGAUGGCUCAUCAACUGAAGAGAGCUCAGUACAACAGAUGAAAAUUGGCUUUCGCACUGCAGAACUUGUGCAAGAACCUAUUCCUGGGGCUGAGGGUCUCACUUUUGAGUUCGUCGUCAACAACGUGCGGAUGUUCUCCAAGGGCUCCAACUGGAUCCCUGCUGAUGUGCUGCCAGAACGUGUGACGAUUGACCAGCUGAAACACUUGCUUGGAGCAGUCAGAGACACUCAUCAGAACAUGAUGAGGGUCUGGGGUGGCGGAAUCUACGAGUCUGAGGAUUUCUACGCCCUCGCCGACGAGAUGGGCAUCAUGAUUUGGCGAGCAAUUUAUUAA